GGCUGUAAUUCGCCUAACAACCGCUCAACGGGUUAUUCUUCCAUUUUCCUUCUUACCCUUUUACCCUUCAUCUGAACACCCUUCUUCUGUGCAUCGUCUCCCCGCACAACUCUGGCCAUUCUCGUCUCAUUCUUUCGUAAAUCUUCCUCUUCCAGAACCACUUCGAGAACCCCAUCUAGGUAAUCCAGCCUGCAGCCAACCCCCCGUCACCCCUCACAGUUGGGGUCCAUCUCAAGGUAUCCGUACACCACCUAAGGUACCUGGUCUGAGGUGACCCGUGUCGCCUGCGUGCCCCACGAUAAACCCCUCCGUGUCUUUUUGCGCCGGGCCCGAUAAGAAACCUCCAGCACCCGACUCCGUACUUAUCGUGGGAUUCCCAUUCUCUGUGCCCCUCCCCUUCCAGGCUCCCCCAUACCCAACCUAAGCUGCAAUCGCAAACUGUCACCUCUCACCUCCCCAAAGGAGGAUAACCUCGAUUUUCUUCACCGACGCACAUUGCAAAUCCCCUGUCGUCUCACGCGAGCAAAAUUUCCUCUAUCCGCAUAGCCGCGAACCUACCUUAGCACCAAUACCCGACUUUGUGCGCGCGCGCGCGACUCCCUUCCUCUCAUAAACUCUGUUGCGCCCGCUUCUUCUUCCUCUGUCUUGUCUGCCAAGAUGUCGUCCUCUUCGUCGCCCCAGAUCACUGGACAGCAGCAGCCCCUGCGAUCAGCCAUGAAGACGGAUGAAGAGUGCGCGUCCAACACCGCCAAAGUCGUUCAAAUCGCUGAGCCAGAGGCUGACGCUGUCGCCCCUCCUCCACCUGCCCCGCCUUCCGAUCAUCACCACAAGAGACAGUACGCCGCCAACAUGGCCAAGAGGUUGACAGGUCGCAUGGGACUCACUAGCUCCUCGUCCUCUCGCUCUUCCCCUGUCAUGGAGCCGUCGCCUGGUCCGUCUUCCGACGAUGCUACCGCUGCUGCUGCUGCUGCUGCUGCUGCUACCGCCGCCGCCGCUGCUCAACCCUCUCACCACCAUCAUCGCCACGGCCACAAGGCUCACUACGAGAGUCAGAAGCUGCUCGCCCAGCUCAACGACUGGUUGGAGCAUGAGAAGAAGAAGAAGGCUGCCCGGAAGAGCAAGACGUCGCCCCGACGCCGUUCACCCCAGUCAAAGACCAAGAAGGAGCGAUCUCCUGCGGCAGAGACGACAGACCCGACAGCCCAGCCCGCUGCUCCUCGGUCGCGCUCAGACUCCAUCGACUCCGAUUCCAGCGACGUUUCCUUCGAUAGGCUGCAGAGGAUCAUCGAGGACAGCAUGGCUUCUAUGGGGAUCAGCUCGGUGCCUCAGAUGAGCCCCAAGGUCGGCAGGCGCCCCUCCCUCCGUCACAAGAAGUCGUUGUCGCGUAGCAUGCUCCAUAGGACGGCAAGCUCCGACACCGAUUACAUCGGCGAGGACGUCAUAGUGCCAACCUGCGACGCAAUUCUCGACAACUCAAAGACCCUCAGCUACAGUGGUGGCGGCAAGAGUACCGACGACCUGACUCUUGGUGGCCAGGCAGACGAAAAGGAGAAGGCCUGGGAAACGUUCAAGAACGAGAUUGUGCGCCUAGCUCAUACUCUGAGAAUCAAGGGUUGGAGGAGAGUUCCUCUCGACAGUGGCAACAGCGUCAUCGUGCAACGUCUUAGCGGAGCCUUGACCAACGCCGUCUACGUCGUCUCUCCCCCUGAAGACCUCGAGGAAGUCCCCGGCAAGAAGCCCCCGCCAAAGCUCCUCCUGCGCAUCUACGGACUCGAAGCCCUCAUCGACCGCGAGAACGAACUCAGCGUGCUCCGGCGACUGGCGCGAAAGAAGAUUGGCCCGAGACUUCUCGGGUGCUUCACCAACGGCCGCUUCGAGGAGUACUUCAACUCCAUCACCCUCACCCCCAACGACCUGCGCGAUCCCGAUACCUCCAAGCAGAUUGCUAAGCGCAUGCGGGAGCUCCACUUUGGCAUCGACGUCUUGGAACGCGAAAAGGAUGAGGGUCCCGCGGUGCUCAAGAACUGGGAUGCCUGGCUCGGCAACGUCGAGAAGAAGAUUUGCGCCCUCGACGAGGGCGUGCGCAAUGGCAACUGCGUCUUCCGCGACCGCGGGUACGUGUGUGGCGUGGAGUGGAAGCAGUUCAAGGAGCUUUACGACAAGUAUCGCGAGUUGGCUCUCAGCGCCUACAAGGGCCACGCCAUCCGCGAGCGUCUCGUCUUUGCCCAUAACGACACCCAAUACGGCAACAUCCUUCGCAUGCGCCCCGAAGACGAGAAAUCCCCCCUCCUAAAGCCAGCAAACGAGCACAAGCAGCUCGUCGUAAUCGACUUCGAGUACGCCGCCGCCAACGUCCCGGGCCUCGAGUUCGCAAACCACUUCACAGAAUGGUCCUACAACUACCACCACGAAUCCCUCCCCUUCGUCUGCAACACGGCAGUCUACCCAACCAUCCAGGAACAGCGCCGCUUCCUCAAAGCCUACGUCGAGCACCGGCCCCAAUACACCCACGGCGGCGCCUCCACGCCCCGCCUCGCCCCCGCCGGCGCCGCGGACGGCAGCAGCGCCGUCGGCACGCCCGCCCUCCUCCCGACCUCCUCCUCCUCCUCCAUCGUCGAGUUCAUGCUCGACGCCCGCGUCCCGCCCAACCACUGGAAAGAAGAGGAGCGCCGCGCAGAGGAGGCCGUCGAGGCGGAGAUCAAGGAACUCUACGAGGAAACCCGUCUCUGGCGCGGCAUCAACAGCGCGCAGUGGGUCGCGUGGGGCGUCGUCCAGGCCAAGGUACCCGGCUUCGAGUCCCAGGAGGAGAUCGAGCAGCAGGAGAAGCAGGCGCAGAACGAGGCCGCCGCCGCCGCGGGCGACGCGGACGCGAAAGCCGAGGUGCAGGCUGCUGCGGAGGCCGAGGACGAGGGCGACGAGUACGAUUACCUGGGCUACGCGCAGGAGCGGGCAUUCUUCUUCCUGGGCGAUUGUGUGCUCAUGGGGAUCGUGAAGAAGGAGGAGUUGCCCGAGGACGUGCAGGCCCGGCUCAAGAUUGUGGAUUACUGAAGUAAGGUAGCGACUUGCUACUUUUUUUUCGUGCCUUUCUUUUGCACAUACUCCGUUUACAAUAUACCAGAUUUGAAAGCCGAA